AUGAUUUUUCUGCGAAAUGGCUUUUUUUUUCUUUUUUCUGUUUUAACUUCUUGUUAUAUUAAUUUGUUUACGCAAUGCUUAGGUGAAGAGUUUGAGAAAAUAAAAUAUCCGCAGGAUGUAACAAAAAUAAAAUAUUACGAUAACUCACAUAAAAUAGAUAGUAAAUAUUUAUAUAAACAUGUCGCGAAGGGUAUGUUACAAGAUUUAAUUGUGACAGUUCAAAUUGAUAAAGAUAGAGAAGUUGACAAGAUAUUAUUUUUACCAAAAAAAAAAACAUAUAUGAAAAUAAUUGGUGACUGGUCAGAUUAUCCAAAAGAGAAAAAUAAUGAAAUAUGUUUAGCGUUUGUAUUACAAAAAUAUUUCAAAAAAGAAAAAGAAAAAAAAUGUACAAAAGAUUUUUUCACGUCUGGAAAUAUAUAUAAUGUAUGUUAUAAUGAUAACAAUUAUUCAAUAAAAAAUUUAUAUUUAUAUAUAGAAAUAUCACAAAAAUAUUUAGAGAAAUUGUUUUCUUCAUAUAGUAUACCAGUUAUUGUUAAUACAGAAAAUAAUAUAAUAUAUUUUGCAAAUGAUAAAAUGAAAUCAAAAGAAGAAAAACCAAUUUUAGAUUUACAUAUUUGUUAUAAAUCAAAUUAUGAAACACCAACAUAUUUAGGAAAAUUAAUAUUUAAUUCAUAUCCAAUAAAUAUUAAUAGGAAUAAAGAUCAAUUCGAUAUUAUAUAUACGAAAUCAUUUUUAACAAAUAAUUGGGAUUAUAAUUUAUCAAUAAAAGGAAAUUAUAUUACUUCAUAUAAUCGUGUUGUAUUUGUUAGGAUACCAAGAGAUUCACCUCCUAAUAAAAUGAAAUGUCCGCCUUUCUGGGAUUAUUCAGUAUUAGGAUCUGGACCCUUACAUAAAAUAAAAAAAAAAAAUAAAGAUAAUAUUAUACAAAAUAUGGUACAAUAUUCAUUUUCAAAUAAAAAUAUACAAAAUUAUUAUAUCCCUUUUUUAAAAAAAGAUGAAUUACAAACUAAUGAAAGUUAUAUUAUAUGUUUAUAUUCAGAUGAAAAUGAUUUUGAAGGUAUGCAAAUUAUUAAUGCACACUUUUAUAUUAAUACAACAGAUUCUAUUAUUUUAAUAUUCUUAAUUAUCUUUAUCGUAGUUUUUCUUCCUCUUAUCUUUUCAUUAACAUAUUUAUGCGUACUUUUCAAAAUGAAUAUUUUAAAAGUAAAAAUGCAAAAAUUACAGCUUCUUAAUAGAAAAGAUGAAAUAGAAGAUAGAUUAAAAAACGAAUUAAAUCUGGAUCAAUAUGAAUCAAUUUGA